GUCAGCGCAGCCCCGGCCCCGCUGCCCGCCUCGGCCGCGGCCCAGGCCCAUGCCCGCCGGCCCGAGCAGCCAGCUAGCGCCGCCCCCGCGGAGGGCCGAGGCCCGAACCCCCCGCUCCCAGCCCAGCAGGAUAAGGAGCUUGAGGAGCAUCUCAGGCCGGAUGAAGACCAUUUUCUGAAGCUGGAGAUAUUCCAGGAACUGUAACCCAAAUGUUUCUCUGUCCGUGGAGAGGAUUUCACGUUUGAAAAGCUCUUCUACUGAAGCCAGUUGUGUCCCAUCACCAUGUUCUGGAAGUUCGAUCUGAACACAACCUCGCAUGUGGACAAGCUGCUGGACAAGGAGGAUGUGACCCUGCACGAGCUGAUGGAUGAAGAUGACAUCUUGCAGGAGUGCAAGGCGCAGAACCGCAAGCUGCUGGACUUCCUCUGCCAGCAGCACUGCAUGCAGGAGCUGGUCACACUCAUCACCCAUGAGCCCCCCGUGGACAUGGAUGAGAAGGUCCGCUUCAAGUAUCCUAACACAGCCUGCGAACUGCUGACCUCUGACGUGCCGCAGAUCAACGACAAGCUGGGAGGGGAUGAAACUCUGCUGAACAUCCUCUACGACUUCCUGGACCGAGAGCCUCCUCUGAACCCUUUGCUUGCCAGUUUCUUCAGUAAGACAAUUGGGAAUCUCAUUGCAAGAAAAACGGAACAGGUGAUUGCCUUUUUAAGGAAAAAAGACAAAUUCAUUAGCCUGGUGCUGAAGCACAUUGAUACAUCAGCCAUGAUGGACCUCCUGCUCCGGCUCAUCAGCUGCGUGGAGCCUGCCACGCUGCGCCAGGAAGUGCUGAACUGGCUCAAUGAAGCCAAGAUCAUCCAGAGACUGGUGGAACUGAUCCAUUCAAGCCAGGAUGAGGAUAGGCAAUCCAACGCUUCCCAGACCCUGUGUGACAUCAUCAGGUUGAGCAGAGACCAGAGCAAUCAGCUCCAGGAGAUGCCUGAGCCUGAUCCACUUCUCACAGCACUGGAAUCGCAGGAGUGCGUGGAGCAGCUCCUGAGGAACAUGUUUGAUGGAGAGCAGACUGAGAACUGCAUAGUGAAUGGAACCCAGGUCCUUCUGACGCUGCUGGAGACCAGGCGCUCUGGGGUGGAAGGGCUGAUGGACUCAUACACUCAGGGAUUUGAAAGGUCUUACACUGUCAAUAGCAGCAUCCUCCAUGGGAUUGAACCAAGGCUAAAGGAUUUCCAUCAGCUGCUGCUCAGCCCUCCCAAGAAGGCAGCAAUCCUCACCACGAUCGGAGUCCUGGAGGAGCCCCUGGGCAACGCUCGCCUGCACGGCUCUCGCCUGAUCGCUGCCCUGCUCCACACCAACACUCCCAGUAUUAACCAGGAACUAUGCAGACUCAGUACCAUGGAUUUGUUACUUGACUUAUUUUUUAAAUACACAUGGAAUAACUUUUUGCAUUUCCAAGUGGAGCUGUCCAUAGCAGCCAUCCUCUCCCACUCUGUGCAAGAGGCAAAGCCGACGCCCAGCGAGCCGGAAAGCAAAGAGGAGGUGCUGAAUGGAAACGUGAGCACAGAGACCCCUGCCGCUCCAGAGCCCACCCCCGAGAACAUCAUGGUUACUCAUCUGUUCCAGAAGUGCUGCCUGGUGCAGAGGAUAUUGGAUGCCUGGGAAGCCAAUGACAAAAUACAGGCAGAAGGUGGCAUGAGGAGAGGCAACAUGGGCCACCUGACCCGGAUAGCCAACGCCGUGGUGCAGAACAUGGAGAAGGGCCCCAUGCAAACUCAGAUCAGUGAGUUCAUCAAAGAGCUGCCUGAAGAUUGCCGAGGGAGGUGGGAGAGCUUUGUAGAAGAGACACUGACAGAAACCAACAGGAGGAACACAGUGGAUCUGGUGAGCACACACCACCUGCACUCCUCCAGUGAGGAUGAAGACAUUGAGAGUGCUUUUCCCAAUGAGCUUUCUCUCCAGCAGGCCUUCUCCGAGUACCAGAUCCAGCAGAUGACAGCCAACUUUGUGGACCAGUUUGGCUUUAAUGAUGAGGAGUUUGCAGACCAGGAUGAUAACAUCAACGCCCCCUUUGACAGGAUCGCGGAGAUCAGCUUCACCAUCGACGCCGAUGACGACAGCCCCAACGCUUCCCUCUUUGAAGCCUGCUGCAAUGAGAGGAUCCAACAGUUUGAUGACAACGAGGAGGAAGAAGACAUCUGGGAAGAUAAGGAGAUCACCUAUGCAACCCAAGUGAAGUCAAGAACACGGUUUGGAGCCUCUCAGACCUCAGAGAGCUCCUCCAAGAGCGAUCUUGAGAACGGCGAUCACGACGGCAGCGUGGACUCGGAAGAGGAGGAGACAGAGCAGCAGCCACCUCCUGCCUCAGCUGCCACCAAGAGCAAUGUCUCUGAGCAGAAGGACUCCUCAGCUUCCUCUGAAGGGUCUGGUUGGACAGCCGUGUUUGAGCCUGUCAGCUCCAAGCCCCCCACGCCCUGCGUCGCCAUGGACGUCGGCUCCAGCGUGUGGGACUCGGCGGCGCCGGAGAACACUGCGCCCGAGGAGAAAGGGUGGGCAAAGUUUACAGACUUCCAACCCUUCUGUUGCUCAGAAUCAGGUCCACGAUGCAGUUCUCCUGCUGACACAGAGAGCAACAAUUCCGAUGGAAACCCGAAGCAGAGUCAGGACAAGAACUCCAGCACUGCCUCCCCCUGCGUUUGGAACGUCUGCGUGAGCAGGAAAGCACCGCUGGUGGCCUCGGACAGCAGCUCCUCGGGAGGCUCCGACAGCGAGGAGGAGGAGGAGGAGAAGGCUGCCGUGGUCACGGAAACCAUCAGCACAGGCUCGGGCCAGGAGACCAUCAAGCUGAGCAUGGAUGCCAAGAGCGAGAAGGCUGUGUUCAGCAGAGUAUUUAGACCUUCAGCCAGAGGCGCCGCGGACUGCAUGGUCAUCGACAAGCUGAGCAUCACCGACAUCGCCACGCCCAGAGCGUCCAAGCCCCUCAGCAGCCUGGCCCAGCGCCCCGAGGAGCUCCAGAACACUGCCACUGUUGUCACCACUGUCACAGAAACGGCCACAAAAGACAGGAAAGAGGAAGCCUUGCCCUGUGCUGAAGCCACGUUAAAUGGUCCUGCUUGAUGAAGCCAACGCCAUGGGACGUGUGUGAUCCAGGCCAGGCUGCUCCCUGGUGAUGCAAUUUGUCAAUUAUUAUUAUUAUUAUUUUUUUGUUUUGGGUUUUUUUUCCCCCUUUUUUUUUUUCUUUUCCUUUUUAAUUUUAUUUUUUAAUAAAUGCUGCAUUGAUGAGAGAGAGCUGCUGGCAUUCAGGACCAGACACCCACCAGUCUUGGUUGGAAGAGACACUUGGCAUUGGCUAAAUGUAGCAUUGAGCAGUUGAAGUCAUCACAGAAAUGAUGAUGAUGAUGAUGAUGAGGUUCUCCUCAAGGAAUGAUGAUGAUGAUGAGGUUCUCCUCAAGGAAUGAUGAUGAUGAUGAGGUUCACCUCAAGGAAUGAUGAUGAUGAGGUUCUCCUCAAGGAAUGAUGAUGAUGAGGUUCUCCUCGAGGAAUGAUGAUGAGGUUCUCCUCAAGGAAUGAUGAUGAUGAUGAUGAUGAUGAUGAGGUUCUCCUCAAGCAAGCCUUCUGCCCAAUUUGUGUUCCUUCUCCCUUUCACCCCUCCCUCCCUGCCCCCAAAAAUCCUUGGGUUUUUGGUUUUGUUUUGUUUCUCUUUGGGGUUGAGUCCUGUUUUUCCUUGCACACAGUAUUCAGCUUCUCUUCAGAAAGGUAGCAGGUCUGACGAGGGGGACUUGGACAUUGCACAGGAGUCCCAGAGUCGUGUGACCAAAGUUCCUGCUGGAAGCUGUCGCUGAGGGCAGCGUUUGCACCGCUUUUGUAUAGCAAUAAAAGCCUUACCAGAAACAUUGCAGAGGAGGAGGAGAUGCAAACACUUCAAAAAAAAAACAAAAAAGGGUGGUGGAGCAGGGAGGGCUCUGACUUCACAGCUGGGGUGGGGUGGGAUGUGAUGUCACUGAUCUUGUCUCGAGCCAGAGAGGUUGUCACUGACUUGUGAUGCUGGAACUCUUGGAGAACCAAGAAGUCUUGGCCUUCAACUUGCUCAAAGCUCUUCUCCUCUGCCCUGGGGACAGCUCACUGAAGGAGCUGGGCUCGGGUAGCAGUUGGGCUUCUUCAAGUCCAGGCCACCCACACCCAGCUUCUCAGCUGGCAUCCCUCUCCGCUGGCUGGAGAACACACAAAGCAGGCGCUGUGCUGGUGGCCAGCUGAGAGCAUCGUGAUCCACUGGACUGCUGCCGUGCAGGAAGUAGAGCAGAUGUGGCACAGAGAGGUCACCAGGGGUCUGCUGGCUGGCUUGGGUUUUUGGUGUGUUGGUUUUUGAGACUUGAUGUAUCUUCACAGGGUUCUGGAGACCCUUUGCUCUUUGUUUUUGGUUUUAAACGUUUUUACUGGAUGCAGGAACAGCAACACUUUGCACUUUGUACCUUGUGAUGACAGCGUUGGAGAGUGGAAAGGACCCCAGCAUAGGACUUCAGCUCUUCCUCCCCAGGUCCUGGAGAGUUUGGGUGAGGAGGACACAUACCACUGCCCUGGGGUAGGAGAGCAGAACAGUGUGGAGAACCAGCCUGUGCUUCAUGCUGCCUGGGAGCAUGGUCAGAUGAAGGUGUCUGCUUCAGUCUGGAGCACAGGAUCUUCAGUGCAGGCUGAAGGACCUGCUCCUGUGAAGACCAUGCUGGUGUCAGAGCCAGCUUUGCACCAAGUGGUGCUGGCCUCUGUGCUCAGCUUGUUCCAGACCUUGCGCACAUCACUCAUACGGGUGUAGAUGCUGGGUGUACAGAAGCAGGCUCAGGUUGGGAAGACCAAGUGGCCACCACCAGUUUUCCAGUACUUCUCUUCCUCUGUAGCACUGACCAGACAGAUCUGGGUCUGCUUUUGUGUGCUGGAACCACCUGUCAGAUAGUAAGCACCACUUGUGUAGUAGUCCAAAAGCUCAAGUGGAAAGCGGAGUUAAAGCUGGACAUGAUGGAAGCCAAACAACUCCUCAGAUGCAUCCUCGUGUGGAUAAUGAGGGAGCAUGACCCAGUUCCUCAGCCAGAUCUGGUGUUCCUAUCACAGACAUCCUCACCAGGUUCCAGCCUUCUGCCAGAUCCAUUCUUUUUAAUGUGUGGUGCAGGUGGAACCUUCAUAACCACCUUCAGAUGUGGUUUAGGAGGAACAAUGAGGUCAACAAAACAUCUUCACUGCUGGAUCAGAGUCUGGUGGUGAGGUCCCUAUAGAUAGAGGUCAUUCCUGGGGUGUUGAGGAAUCAGGGUGAGGUUACUGGGUGCACCUCAGAAGCCACAGCUUCUCCCCCACAAGAGUGGUGUACCACUUGGGUGCUGGUGACCUAGCUGAGGUGUCUCUCAGGAAGCAGGUGGUUGGUUUGGAAGUCUUUCUCACUCCUGCUUUAAACUAGACAAAAGUUUUGUUGAGCUGGGAGGUCAAAACAUCUCCACCUUCUGCUUUGGUCUGCCCUGGAGGUGGAUUCCACUCUUAGCCAGGACAAUCAGAAGAGGCUCCAGUGGGUUUGGGUGCCUCAUUGGAGACACAUUCAAGUCUUAAUUCUUCAGAGGAUUGGUGCUAGAGCUUUGGUGCAAAUCAGGUUCUCCUUGGCAUUCCUUGAGCACCCAAAAAGGAUGUUCUGAAACCUGAGAAGUCCUGCACCUAACCCAACAUCAGCACAACUCGUUGAGGACCAUGGUGAUGAUUCCAGUUCUCUUCUAAUGUGUCCUUAUUCGUGGUUCUUCAUGGUGCUCGUGGGUCUCACCACACCACAGUUAGGACCAAGUCCCUUCAGGAUCAUGAGACAAAGUGCCCACAACAGACACAGUUUGAUCCUUCUGGAUGAUCUAACUCCCUCAUCCCUGUAUGCAUGAAGAAGAGUAUGGCCAACAGGUCAAAGCAGAUUCUUCUGCCCCUCGACUGUCCCCUACCGAGGCCAUAGCUGAAGAAUUGGGUCCAGUUCUGGACUCACAGUUCCAGAGAGACUGGGAGCUACUGGAGAGCAUCCAGUGGAAGCUCUGAAGCUGCUGAAGGGCCUUGGAGCGUCUCUGUGAGGAGCAAAGGCUGAGAGCCCUGGGAUGUUGAGCCUGGAGGAGAGCAGCCUGAGAGGGGAUCUGUGCAGUGCUCAGCAAAAGCUAAAGGGUGGGGAGCAAGAGAUUGGAGCCAGACUCCUAACAGUGGUGCCCAGUGACAGGACAAGGGAACAAGGGGCACCAGCUAGAAUCCAGGAGGUUUCAUCAGGAGCAGCUUGUUGGCUGUGAGGGUGAUGGAGCCCUGGAGCAGGCUGCCCAGAGAGGUUGUGGAGUUUCUUGUCUGGAGAGCUUCCAAACCCACCUGGAGCCUGUGCAAGCUGCCAUGGGUGCCCCUGUUGGAGCAGGGGAGUUGGACUGGAUGUGCUCCAGAGGUCCCUUCCCACCCCACCAUGCUGGCACUCUGCAGAGCUGCUCAGGCUCUCUUCCUCUUUGCAGUGAGUGACUUCUCCACCUGUGAGGUUUGGGCUCUGAACUCUUCCUCAUGGCUCAUGUUGGGUUGUUCUUCACCCCAGCUAACGAGCUGGGCUAGGGAACAUGCUUGGUGUGUUGGAGCUGGCAGCUGAAGACAAGCCCAGGCUCAGGUGGUGGCUUCCUUGUCACAGGUAAAUGAUGCAGAUUUCUCCCCAGGCCUGAGCUCUUCUCUCCCUGGGAUCACAGUGGAUCUGUAGAGGUUACAAGGUCCCACUGCUUGUGCUCUAUCAUCUGUCUUUGUCCUUGUUUUGAGCUUGCCUUCUUGCCUUCCCAGAUGCUCUGCAGGGCAGCAGGGCUCUGUCUGCUUGCUGUGUCCAGGUGACCAUAAGACAUGACCCACAGUGACUUUUGGAGCCCUUUGCAUGAAUGUCUCCAUGGUGGUGGUGGCAUCUCCGAAUACAAGGACUGCUGGAGAGCUGUUACCUGCUCACACCAUGUGUGUAAGGUCUUUUAUGCAGGGCCAGAGCAGGAUGUGUUUUCUACUGCAAAGGAUUACUGGAUCCUUCAAAAACCUCUUGGCUUGCUUUGAUCCAUGCUCAGAAGGUGGUGGAGACCAAACAGAGCUUGCAUCCAGCACUCUCCUCUUUCAUUGACCUGCAGCAUUUUGAUGUCACCACAGUAUCUACCGCUUUAGGUUGCAUCUGGAGGCUGCUGAACCUGUCUGUGGGUACCACAUAUUUGCAGUCUGUGUUGUUGCAUCUCUGGAUCUCCUGAGAUACCUGCUGAAGCUACGACUCAGAGCACCACCAGCCCAGCUUUAGCCUCGACACGGCUCCACAGUCAACAGCAAAGUCUUCGCCGUCCAUUGUAGAGGCCCCAACUGUGAUAGCUGUGCAAAAUAAACCAUCUGUACUCGUUUUGGCAUCCA